AAUGGAUUACCACCUGCUUGGACUAAUUUUAUCUUUUCUCUUCAACGGCACAAAGGUCUUAGCCGGUUACCCAAUUUGGUGGUCCCUUGCACUAGGUCAGCAGUACAGCUCCCUGGGGUCCCAGCCCAUCCUCUGUGGCUCCAUCCCCGGUCUCGUCCCCAAGCAGCUCCGCUUCUGCCGCAACUACAUUGAGAUCAUGCCCAGCGUGGCUGAAGGGGUGAAGCUGGGCAUCCAGGAGUGCCAGCACCAGUUUCGGGGCCGCCGCUGGAACUGCACCACCAUCGACGACAGCCUGGCCAUCUUCGGGCCGGUCCUGGACAAAGCCACACGAGAGUCUGCCUUUGUCCACGCCAUCGCAUCAGCAGGGGUGGCCUUUGCUGUAACCCGCUCCUGUGCUGAGGGCACGUCCACAAUCUGCGGCUGUGACUCCCACCAUAAAGGACCUCCAGGGGAUGGCUGGAAAUGGGGGGGAUGCAGCGAGGAUGCUGACUUCGGCGUGCUGGUGUCCCGGGAAUUUGCAGACGCCCGAGAGAACCGGCCAGAUGCCCGCUCAGCCAUGAACAGACACAAUAACGAGGCCGGCAGGACGACCAUCCUGGAUCACAUGCACCUGAAGUGCAAGUGCCACGGUCUCUCCGGAAGCUGCGAAGUCAAGACCUGCUGGUGGGCCCAGCCUGAUUUCCGGGCAAUUGGUGACUACCUGAAGGAUAAAUACGACAGCGCCUCUGAGAUGGUGGUUGAAAAGCACCGAGAAUCUCGGGGAUGGGUAGAAACUCUUAGGGCCAAGUAUGCUCUUUUCAAGCCACCAACGGAGCGGGAUCUGGUCUACUAUGAGAACUCCCCCAAUUUUUGUGAGCCCAACCCAGAGACAGGCUCCUUUGGGACGAGGGACAGAACGUGCAACGUCACCUCCCACGGGAUCGACGGCUGCGACCUGCUGUGCUGCGGUCGUGGCCACAACACCAGGACUGAGAAACGAAAGGAGAAGUGUCACUGCAUCUUCCACUGGUGCUGCUAUGUGAGCUGCCAGGAGUGUAUACGCGUCUACGAUGUCCACACCUGCAAGUAA